AUGCCACCACAUACACCUUCCGAGCCAGGUUUUCAGAGGCCCAACAAGCGUCCUCGAGUUGCGGUUGCAUGUCUGAGAUGUAAAACAAGACGGCAAAAGUGCGACAACAAAUUACCGGCCUGUUCGAAUUGCGCUAGAGCGAAAUUGACCUGUGUCUUCCCUGAAAAUGAAUAUCCGGCAUCCUACGUCAAGGAACUACAAAGUCGGGUGACAUGGCUGGAGGCACAGCUGGACUCCUUGCGGCCGAGCCAGCCAGGCGAGCAUAUCUCCGUUAGCGACAACAAUGACGCGGCACCAAGCUCAGACGAGCGAAUGGCUUCCCCAGCCAGUACUCCAAACUUGGCCAGCAGUGUCGGAUUGUUGUCUCUACAGGCAGCGGCCGAACCUCAUUAUUUCGGCGUCUCGUCUGGAGUGUCUUUAGCCUUAAUGAUUGAUCCAUUCGCGAGCAAUAGCCAGAACGGUCCCCCAAUAGGCACAGCACCUUUACCACCGUUGGAGAAGGCGACCCCUUUCCUGAUCGCCUACUUAUCUUAUAUUCACCCUAAUUUCCCGUUUCUUUCCAAAGAACAACUGUGGAAGACUCAUCAUAAUCGUCGUGAGUUGGAGGACUAUAAUUCUAAUGAAGCUCGUCAUGACCAUGUGGUAUUGCUGUUGGUGUAUGCAAUAGGGUCUCGUUGUUUAAAGUUGGUAGGAUCAGAGCACGUUGCGGAAUCAGAGCCGGAAAACCUUUAUCAUUCAGCCAUGGCAAAGAUACAAGACCAACUUAACGUUCCAAGUGUUCAGAAUAUCCAGAACAUCCUGCUGGUGGCCAUCUAUGCAUUACGUUCCCCUUCAGGGUCUAGCAUAUGGCACUUGUGCGGUUUGAUGAUUAGGCAAUGUGUCGAACUAGGACUUCAUCGGCAACUAAGAAAAGAUAUUAGCACAGCAAGCUCUGACGAAUUCAAACGGAGACUCUUCUAUAGCAUCUACCACCUCGAACGCAGAAUCGUCCUAGUUCUGGGCAGGCCGUUGACUAUAGCUGAUGAUGAAAUCGACACCCCGUUACCUAGAGAGAUCGAGGACGACCAUUUCCAAGACCCCUCCGAGCUUCCAGAGAGCGGCUGUGAAACCACGGCGUGGAACGAAAACAGUCGGCCACGAGCCCCUCGUACAGGCCCGAGAACUGACAUUAUAUUCCACGUCCACAACAUCCGCUUAGAUCAGAUCAACGCGAAAAGCCGUCUUGCGCUCUCACGUCUCGCCAAGGCAGAACGUGGGACAAAGUUCGAGCAAAAGAUUGCAAAGCGAUUCCAAGAACUUGAGGACUGGAAAACGGCCAUCUUUGGACACUCUGGAGUUGAUGAAACCACAGAUCUGAUGUUUUCCACGGUGAGGACGCCUGUUCAAACACCAGUGUCGCGGCUUGCCAUGCCAGAAGCACAGCGCCUGACGCUACUACUCAACUAUCACCGAGCUCGCCGUCUGCUUCUUCAGACCAUUCUCACCGAAGUCCAGCUGUUCAACCAGCCAUUCCCGUUUGCUUCCUUUGCCAAAUCAUCUGGUGAAGUCUGCCAGCUUAAUCGACGACUUCACCGCAUACGAUCUGUGCCCUUCACGCUGCUGGAUCUGCACUCAGUCUUUGUAGCUGGCUUCACUCUGGUCUUUUGCGCGUGGUCUGACCCCAGCCUCUACGACGCUGAAAUGGCGGCGGACUUGGGUGCUUGCUCAACUGUGCUGUAUUUGAUCGCCGAACAGUGGGGGGAAGGGGCGAAGAAAUACCGUGAUGCCUUUGAGCUGGUCGCGGGCAAGACGGCAGAGUAUGUCCUCCGCCCAAAGCGCUCAUAUACCAGCAGUCAACAGCAGACGGGAUCUGUUGGCAUCCAUGCCACAUCUCACUCGGGAUCAUCGGGUGACACGGGCCUAAGCGGUGCGAUGCCACCACCGACCUCUUCUGAUGCUAUGGAGCAAUCCAGUAGUGAUUCUUGGACAAAAGAUGGCUUCGACGUCUGGCAGAUGAUGACUGAGUUUGUGCAGACUCAGGACAGUGAUUUCGAGUGCGACCCAGUCAAUUUUAGAGAGAUCGAAACCUUUCUGACGGAAGAAGGCUUGGGUUGGUUCAAUGGAGGCACGGGCACGGGCUUCUGA